AGAAAAAGAAACCAUUGAGAACCAUAUAUUUUAAGCAAUGUUUUUAUCAAUACAGAGAACUUCACUUUCUUGCUGAAGUGGAUUUAGAGAUGAUAAAAUUCAUCUCUUGUUUUGCCUUGAAGAAGUGGAUGAGAUUGUAUAGCUAGAUAUUUUCUUGGUGUUAAAUCCAAUCUGUCCCUAGCUUAAAAUGACAUAAGAUGGUAAAACGCAACCAACUCUCUUUAUUGCCUAACUACUUCAAAGUAUUCCAAAAGGUUUCAAUGAUAGUGAGCGCACAAGCCAUAUGGGCUGCACUUUUUGCCAUCUUCAUAUAACUUUGUGAUGACUAUAAAUUUGUCGAUUAUUAUGCUCAUACUACUUCAAUCUCAAUAAUAACAUUUGUAGAAGCUUUUGAAAAGAGAAAAAAAAAACAACUAAAGAAAAAAAUGUAUAGCAAAUUAGUCCUCCCUGGAUUUAUUAAGGCAACCAUAGGAAUAAGAAAAAGUGUGACAAGAGAACCACUUGUUCAUGAGUCCAGUAAGAGUAGCAACCGGUGUGUCCUUUUCCCAGCCAGUACUAGUGUCAGCUUGGUAGCCAAAACCCAAGUUCAAGAGUCCAGAAAAAGUGUAAGAAAAGAUGGCAAUCCUAUUCAAAAGUUCCGGAAGAGUAACCCGCGGCGUGUGAGUUUCUCAGCCAACACUAGUAAUGUCAGCAUGGUGGCCAAAAGUUUGGAAAGAAAAGACCAUGAUUGGUUUGUUCAGUCCACAAUUCCAAGUGAUUUGAUCAUCCAAGUUGGUGAUUCAAGCUUUCAUUUGCACAAGCUACCUAUGGUCUCAAAGAGUGGAUAUUUGAAUAAAUUGAUUUUCGAUAGAAGUAAUGGGGGCAGAGACAAAAGCCUCAAAAUAUCUAUAGACAAUCUUCCAGGAGGAGCCAAAGCUUUCGAGUUAGUGGUGAAAUUUUGUUACGGGUUGGAAGUUGAUAUUACAUCUGCCAAUAUUUCUCCCCUAUAUUGUGCAGCUCAUUUCUUGGAUAUGAAUGAUUAUCUUGAACAAGGCAACCUCAUAUCCAAAACUGAGACAUUUCUAAGCUUUUCUAUAUUUUCCUCAUGGAAAGACACAUUUCAAAUUUUGAAAAGCUGUGAAAAUCUUUCUUCAUUGGCCAAAGAGCUACAAAUUGUGAAGAAUUGCUCAGAAUCCAUUGCUUUGAAGGCAUGCACAAACCUUAAAGACUUAAGUGCUAGAGAAGAUGGUCCACAUAGCUUUCACCUUCCAUUGAAAAGUGGAGAAGAGUCAAAACAUGAGAAGCAAGUUGAACAUUGGUGGUUUGAAGAUGUGUCAUCACUUAGAAUAGAUCAUUUCAUUGAGGUGAUUCAGUCCAUAAAAAGUAAAGGGAUGAAGCCAAAUCUUGUUGGCUCAUGUAUAGCUCAUUGGGCCACUAAUUGGCUCUCUAGUGUCAAUCUCAGUGAGCAUGAGACUACACCAAAUCCCGAAAACAUGAGUUAUCAAUUACAAAGAGUCACAAUAGAGUGUUUAGUUAGAGUACUUCCAACUGAGGAAAACUCAGUGUCUUGUAAUUUUCUGCUUCAUCUUCUCAAGGCAGGUUUGGCAUUGCAGAUCAGCUCUGAGUUGUUGGAACUGCUCGUACAACGAAUAGUGCCUUUGUUGGAGCUAUGUCGUGCUCGAGAUCUCUUGGUUAAAAACUAUGGAGGCAAUGAAAAUGUUCAUGAUGUUGGCAUUGUUAAUAAGGUGGUGAAAGCUUAUGCUUCUCUUGAUCAGAUCAACCGCAAGAAGAAAAUACUAGGCGUUGGGAGGUUAGUGGAUGAGUAUCUUACACUAGUAGCAAGAGAAGAGAAACUUCAUGUCAAGACUUUCCAGUCACUUGUGGAAGCCUUGCCAAAAGAAGCUCGGUUUUGUGAUGACAAUCUCUAUAGAGCCACUGACUUGUACCUCAAGGCACAUCCUGGCUUAACAGAAGAUGAAAGAACUAGUUUAUGCAGAUUCUUGGAAUACCAUAGAUUAUCACAAGAUGUUCGAGAACAUGUUAUUAAGAACAACCGUUUGCCAUUGAAGACCGCAACUAGAUUUAUUCUUCUAGAGCAAGUGAGUAUGACAAGGUCAAUGGCAAGUAGUAGUAAUACCAAGGCUCAUGCAUUUGUUAGAGCAAAUAAUCGAAGCUUGGAGAAAGAGAGAUGUUGGAAGAAUUGCCAAAAGGAAAUAAGAAAAAUAACCAAAGAUUUGGAGACCAUGAAUGCACAACUCAAGGAUCUUCAAGUGUGUAAAUUAAAGAUCCAAAGACAAAUGUUGAGAUGUCUUAAUAUUUGAACAUUUCAUUAAUUAGUGAAUGUUAGUUUAGAGUUGGUGGGGCCGGGUUCUGUUUAUUAUGGAUAAUUUUGGCUCUGUUAUUUUAUUUUAUUUAUUUAUUUA